AAGAGGACAAACUAAGAAAGAUUGCAGAUAAACGGAACAGAGAACUAGAUCCAGCGGAGGCUUUAAACUGGGAGUGGGUGCUCAUUGGUAUGAGAGGGGAUCAGAGGCUCAUAAAAAGAAGGAUUAUCCAGAAUGGAGGGACAGGGAGGGAGAGAUUAAACUGGGAAAGAGGAGGUUCAGAACCCUUCUUUAUUCACGUCACUCAGCUCAGCAACCUACGGGGAGGGGGCAGGAGAGGGUUCAAAACACAACUCAACUAGCCAGGGGUGGCAGAGGAGGGAGUGGGGGAGGCAGGGGGAGGGUGGCGAUGUGUAUAUCAGAGGGGGGAAUGGCACUAUCUACCCCAACCACGAUUAUACCUCCUCCAACUCCAACAACUCCAUCAUUUAUGAUUCCAUCAGGCGAGGAGGAAGAGGAAGAGUUGCCAGAAGAAAUCCUUCAACCUCAAGCAGUUCAAGCAGCCAUGAGUGUGGAAGAUCUACCGUCGGACAGAAAAGUGUUACAGGAUUGUUUGGAUAAGCUAUUUGAAUGGUCUGUUGAAUGGUGCAUGGAUUUCAACAUCCAAAAAUGUAAAGUUCUACAUGUUGGUAGAGCAAACAAGAAUUUUGAGUAUACAAUGAACGGAGUAAGGCUGGAGUCUGUGGACAAGGAGAGAGACAUUGGAGUAAUCACAGACAAAUCAUUAAAGCCUUCAUUACAGUGUUCAGAGGCAGCUAGGAGAGCUACUGGGGUUCUAACUCAAAUUUCUAAGGCAUUUCUUUACAGAGAUCGAGUCACGUUCCUCAAACUUUAUACCCAAUUCGUAAGAUGUCAUUUAGAAUUUUCUGUCACAGCUUGGUCCCCAUGGACAGUCAGUGAUAAGGAAGUAUUGGAAAAAGUACAGAUUAAAGCAGUGAAUCUGAUAACAGGGCUUAAAGGUAAAACCUACUUGGAAAAACUAAAUGAACUUGGACUCCUUACGCUGGACCAGAAAAGAAAAAGAUUUGACCUUAUUCAGACAUUUAAAAUAAUCAGAGGUUAUGACAAAGUAGAGGCUGAUACUUGGUACAAUCUGGUUGCAAGAAGUUGCAAGACCUACCAGACUGACGGCGUAUAA